AUGGACAACGUUUCAACAGAACUGAUCCAAGCAGGUGGAGAAACCAUGAUUGAUGCCCUUACAAACAUCUGCAAUAAAAUCUGGCAGACAGGAGAGUGGCUAACCUGCUUGAUACGAUCACUGGUCAUCACACUACCAAAGAAGAGUAAUCUGCAAAAGUGCCAGAACUACUGGACCAUCCGUCUCAUAAGCCAUGCCAGCAAAGUCAUGCCGAGGAUACUUCACAAUAGACUGAAACCACAGGCAAAGACCAUCAUUGCUGAAGAACAGGCAGGAAGAAACACAACAGAACAGAUCUUCAAUCUAAGAAUUAUAUGUGAAAAACAUCUUCAGCACCAACAGGAUCUGUACCACGUCUUCAUCGAGUAUGGCACGGCGCAUUGUGGGCCACUAUGA